GCAACUAGACAUUUCUCCUCUGACCCUGAAACAAGCAACAACACUGUUUCUAUGAAAAUCCAGAAUUUUCAAGAACCUGCCACUUCAACCUACGCACACUUUAUAUACACACUUUCCCACACACCAUAGAAACAAGAAAAUCAAUACGAAAGAAACCUCACGUUUCAAACACUCCCUACAAAAACCACUUGAAAGCCUCUCGUUCAUUCAACUCAAUAUCCGAAAACAGAGGAAACAGAGAAAAGAAAAUGUCUCUGUUCGAACCCCUGUUGUUGAACCAAAACGACCCCUUUGAUCAUUUCCGAGCCUCAUUCACCAUAAAUUCAGACACUCAAAUGGAUUGGAAGGAGACUCGUGACACCCACGUCUUCGAAAUCGAUCUUCCCGGGCUCACCAAAGAGGAAGUGAAGCUUGAAGUGAAGCAAAACAGAGUGCUCUGCAUCAAAACAGAGAGAAGAGGAAAAGAAGAAGAAGAGGAGGAGGAGAAGAACGUGAUGUGGCAUUGCCGAGAGAGGAGUAAUGGAAUGUUUUCUAGGGAGUUCAGGUUGCCUGAGAAUUGCAAUGUUGAUGAAGUUAAAGCUUCGAUGUGUGAUGGGGUGUUGACCAUCACGGUGCCUAAAGAUGAGACAAAGAAGAAGCACAAAAAGGAGGUGGUGAUUUAUGAGGAGGAUGCUGAAGGGGUUGCACCUAAAGGAAUUGGACGUUUCGUUUGCUGCAAAGCUUAGAAGUUUCUAUUUCAACAACGUGUGGAGUUUGAUCAAGGGGUUGUGUUUCGGUUUGUACUUGUUCUGUGCUUUUGUGUGAAAAGUUUAUGUAGUUUAACUCUUUUCUUUUUUCUUACAUUGUAAAUUGAAUUUCUACCAAGUUGUAUAGUUCUUUUAAUUGGUCACUACUUGUGUGGUCGACUCAUCAUUUAUGAUAAUAAGGUAGAUAUUUACUGUAAAAGAAGUUGUGCAAUUUAU